UUUGCCGGUGCUUGGCGGCUGGACAGCGGCACUUGCUACUGUUUAAGCCCGGGAGGAAAGGAGCAAGCACUCCUCCGCCUGCGCAGGGGGCCCAUUCUCAACCGAGACCACAUUCCAUCAAACAGCUCACACACAGACGACUUCCAAGUUCUCCCAAACCUCCGGUCUCCAAAGACGUGGCAUCCCGCGCUUGUCUCGCAGCUGCCGUCCACACGGAUACCGUAGCAUGCGCGCUUGCGCCACCAAUCUCGUUCGCCAGCACAAACCCCCGCAGACACCGGUUGGUUGGCAAAAGGAAGCCGCAGGCGCCAACAUCCGGCUCUGUCACCUUCAUGGCAAGUUGCGUUGUGCACAGUGUUUUCAUCUUGCUCCGUUAUCCGCCACUUACAAAUUACCCUUCGUACUCCAAGUCACAGUGACAUUGGAACCUUCUUGGGCGAGCCGAGGGCAACACAGCACUCAGGAUUUGCACGAUCCCCGAGCCGCAGUCGGGCGAGGCGACACCCCAUUUCCAAGCGGUGUUUGCCAUCUUCUUACCCUCAUUGUCGUCGCCUCCAACAACCUGCCGCCGACGGCAUCCCCGAGAAAAUGGGACAGCACUGGCAUUGAGCGAGUCGGUUUGAUCCGCUGUUGGUACGGCCGAGCGGACCCAACAGACUUGCCCUCCUUCCAAGUAAAGCAAAUAACAUUAUCAGCACACCAGGUCCGCCGGCAGAAGACAGGAUAUACGGCAGGCAGGGCCCCAAGACGCACUGUGGCCCAUCGGCCCAAGGUUUCGAGAUCCGGAAGGCCGCAUCCGCCCUGCCCUUCUGUUGUGCCUUGUUCCCGCAUCCAUGCCACGCCUCUUUGCCGGGAAGUUACUGUAUUGGUUGUCGUUAUUUGAGACGGCAGUGUCAUUCUCCAUAUUACCCGGGAUGACCGGACACUCCCAUCAUAUC